ACACUAUACCGUCGCCUCUUUUUCCGUUUUUCUUUUGCUUCUGUUUCGAGCAUUUGUGAGAGCUGUCGACAUGCGAAACACGAUAUCCUUAAACAACGACGUCAUUUUCUCGUGAUUAGGAAAAAUCUCUGUGCGGUUCUGUCAUCCUUCCCUUCAAUUUCAAGAAUAAAAAAAUGCUGAAUUUGCUUCGCUUUGGAUCCAUGCUGCACUAGAAAUAGGGAUCAGUUAGCCUUGAAAUGGUAAGGGAUCAUCAAGAAAUACUCGGCUUGCUUAGAAUAUUUCAUUGGGUGAUCGCUUAACUCAAUAAUAUGAGAGCCAGACAACCACCCAAGGCACUGUAUAGUAUGCAUGAUGAAUCAGACAGACUAAGUAACUUACCAGCCCAUGUUAUUGAUGGGAUUCUGUCAUGCUUGUCCAUUAGAGAUGCAGUUAGGACUAGUAUUUUAUCGAACGAUUGGAGGUACAAAUGGGCUACUCUUCCACACCUCGUAUUCGACAAAGAUUGCUCCUCAACCGCAUCUGAUGAGCAAGUUGUAGAUAAAAGAAAAAUUGUGAAUAUUAUUGAUCAUGUUUUUGUACUUCACUUUGGGUCAAUACACAAGUUCAAGCUAUCCCAUAAAGAUCUUAUAGCUGUUACUGAUAUUGACCGAUGGGUUCUUCGUGUAUCUAGAAGCUCUGUGGAAGAAUUUGUACUUGAAAUUUGGAAGGGUCAAAGGUAUCGUAUGCCUUCUUGUCUAUAUUUUUGUAAGCAUUUGAUUCAUUUGGAGCUGUUCAACUGCGUGUUAAACCUACCACCAGCUUUCAAAGGGUUUCUGAACUUGAAGAGCCUUGAUCUUCAGCAUGUUACUAUGACAGCAGACGCCUUCGAGAAUCUGAUUGCUUGGUGUCCCUUGCUAGAGAGGUUGACGUUGAUGAACUUUGAUGGUUUCUCCAAUCUUAAGAUCCAUGCUCCCAAUCUUCAGUUUUUUGACAUUGGAGGUGAAUUUGAAGCAGUAAGUUUUGAAAAUACCAGUUUGUUGUCUGUAGUUUCAAUUGGUUUGUACGUCGCUGCUGGAGCUGAAUUUACUGGAAGACUAAGUGGUGCGUGCAACAUGUUGAAGUUCUUUGCCCGCCUUCCUUGCAUACAAAGGCUUGAGGUCCAAAGUUACUUCUUACAGUAUCUAACUCUUGGCAACGUGCCAAGUAGACUGCCUGUUCCAUGUCUUGAACUGGACUAUCUCUCCAUGCGUAUCAACUACCGUGAUAUCAAGGAAAAUAAGGCAGCUCUUUGCCUAUUCAAAAGUUCUCCAAAUUUGUGUGAACUUGAGAUGCUGGCUCGGCCGGAGGAUGAUAUUCCUAUUGCAGCAACAGGAUCGAGCUUUUGGGAGGAGAAAAUUUAUGUAGAAGGUAUUUUUAACCAGCUUCGAGUAGUUAGAGUGUUGGACUUCUUUGGGAAAAAAUCAGAGCUAGACUUUGUGAAGUUUCUCCUUGCAAAUUCACCUGUGCUUGAGAAGUUGACUGUUAAAUCGGCUUCUUCUGAUGGAGGACUUGAAUUGCUUAAAGAGUUGCUGCGAUUCAGGCGAGCUUCUGUACAGGCAGAAGUAAUUUAUAUGGACACAUAGCUUUAGAAAGUUUCAUGUACAUACUUCUGUAACUAGUAUGCAACAUUUGCUCUAAAUUGGAUCAUUUGAAUUGAGGACCUCAUUUAGAAUAUCAUUGAUAUUAUUACUAAGUUAAUCUCAUAAAAUAUAGGUGGUCAAUUACUUAAAUAAGCAUCUGUUUUCUGCA